AUGUCUCCUGAGCCAAGAAAAGCCACAGACGCUCCAGGGAGCCAACCUCUGAACAGGGCUGAAGAUCCAGGGAUAGCAAAAAGUCUUGAAAACAGGCUGACGAGUCAUGAUUUCAUGAAAAUGCAAGCGCUUUUUAAGGUGAGUGCGUUUUCCUAUGAACCGGAAGGCUUCCGGGUUGCUUAUGAAGGAUCACCUCCCAGAUGCAGGGGAGUAAACCCUGUGUCCUCUCUCUGUUCUUCUUUCAAGUCCCCAGAAUCAAAUGAGAACAUGGGAAUGAUGACUAGAGAAGAGUUCAUGGAUCAAAUGUGUACAGCAGUUAAGCGAGGCAGCAAGGAAGAAUAUGGUGAGCUGUUUGAUAAGAUAGAUUUGAUCCGGGAUGGCCUUAUUGACUGGGACAAAUUGACUUCCUUUAUGCUGCUCGAGCUGUAUGAGAGAGAUGAACGAACCAAGCUAUCAGUCAUCCCCCAGUGGAAGGACCUCCGGCUUCUCCCAUCGAUCCAUAAAGAUGCCAUUCAAAAUGUCACCUUUUUGAAAGGCCCCAGCAACUACCUGACUGUGAGCAGGAGUGGAUUGCUCGGCCUCUGGGGAGAGAACUUGAAGUUACAGAGGACUCUUCAGAUCGCUACGGAAGCAGUCAAGCCCAAGGACCUCUGGGUGACUGCUCUGGUUGCACUACCAAAUGUGAACAAGGUAGCUGUUGCGUUUACAAGCAAAGUGAUCUAUUUUGCUGAGCUGAAUUCCAAACAAGGAUUCUCAUGCCAGUAUAGGCUUCAAGGCUUCGAGGGAAUUGUGAUAUGUAUGGACUACUGGUACAACCCUUAUGAUGGAAAUUAUGCUAUGCUGACCAUGGGCGAUGUCUGUGGGCAGGUUCAAGCAAUUGCCUUCAACACAGCCCUGAUCUCAUUGUUUGAACGACCUUCCAGUUCCCCUGAAGAUGAAAAUGUGGUAAUGACUAUUAAUUGGCAGGAGCUGGUCUCUGGAUAUCACAAAUGCUGCUAUACUUUAAGGCACAGACUCCACGAUAAAGAAUGGGUGAGACAAGUUGCAUACAGCUACUCUUUAGAUGUCUUUAUCUCUGUUACAACCAGUAGUACAAACUCACUGGUGCUAGCUUGGAGAGAGAAAUUAAGUCCUCAGCUUACAAUGACAACUUUCCAUGUCGCCCAAGGAAUCAAUGCGUUUGACUUCCAUCCCAAGCUCAACUUGAUAGCGACCGCAGGAAUUAACCGCCGCGUUUGCCUUUGGAAUCCUUAUGUCUCAUCGAAACCUGCUGGAAUCCUGGAGGGCCAUUCGGACAGCGUAAUAGCUGUCCAGUUCAUUACUGAGCGCAAACUGCUCUUUAGCUUCGCCAAGGAUAAGGUAUUAAGAAUCUGGGACAUUCAACACCAGCUUUGUGUACAAAGGAUUGCUGGUUCCUUCCCCAAAAGUCUAGAUUUCCAUUCUGUACUUUACUUUGAUGAAUCCCGUGGACGUCUUUUCAUCUCGUUUAACAACCAGUUGACAUUGCUGGAAAUGGAACCGGAUUCAGGCAAAAGCAGAGUCGCGAGUCACAGGAAAGCAGUGACUUGCAUUCUCUACAAUUCUGUAUUCAAGCAGGUAAUCAGUUCAGAUACAGGAUCUACCGUUAUCUUCUGGCUGAUUGAUACCGGGCAGAAAAUCAAAGAGUUUACUGGUUGCCAUGGCAAUGCUGAGAUCAGUACUAUGGCUCUUGAUGGGACUCAGACCAGGCUGUUCACUGGGAGCACGGAUGGAGCGGUGAAGGUUUGGGAUUUCAAUGGACACUGUCACCAUAAACUUAAUGCCGGAAGGGACCAAGCAGUUGAAAUCUCCCAAAUCUUGGUGUUAAGCUGGACUGUAUUAGUCCUAGGCUGGGACAGGAUGAUUACUGUCUUCCGCCUGAACAACUUUGCUCAGUUUCUUGUUCAGCCUUCGGAAUGGAGAGGAGGCGUUCAGCACCGGGACGACAUCUUAUGUGCCGCAUUUUUACCUCCACAGACUCUAGUUACAGGGAGCUCUGGCGGUGAAAUUGUGGUGUGGAAUAACAGUACGGAAAAUGCCUGCAUGAAGCUUCAUUGGAAUCCUGAAAGAUCACUGAAGUCUAACUCAGGUUCUCAGGUGCAGGGGAGCGCGACUUCUGCCAGCAGGCUGUCCCCUAGAAGACAUACAUUAUCUGCAUCAGACUACACUACCUCUGAUGCAGAGAGCUGCAGUGCUAUUACUAGGCUCUUCUUCUUGGAGGCCAGGAACACUUCAGCAACAGGAGGAGCAAACCUGGUGUCUUGCGGAGGUGCUGGUCGUGUCCGAUUCUGGAAUACACAGAGGAGCAGGCUCCUGGCAGAGUUUGAGGCACACAGCGGAGUGGGGUCUAUUAUCAUGACUGUUGAUGAAAGAAGCCAGUAUCUCAUCACAGGGGAUCUCCUUGGAUGGGUGAAGAUAUGGAACAUAGAGGAUUACUGUUUUGUCUGGGGAGAAAACAUGGAAACUCAGCCGCCCCCUCUGAUCAGAUCAUUUCAGGCACAUGAUGACUGUAUCACUUGCCUGGAGACCUGCAGGCGGAACAACGGCCUUUUCAUCUUGUCAUCCUCAACAGACUGCAGCAUCGUUCUCUCUGACAUUUCCGGCGUUCCAUUCGGAAUAUUUGGACAGGAAGGACAUUGGAGAAUUGGAAAUUAUGCCCCAUCUUGGCCCAGAGAAGAAAAUGAGCCCCAAACAAAGGGGGAGAAUAACAUCGAAAAGGACGAGUCUGUGCCCUCUACUGAAGAAGAUCUUCCCCCUAAUCUAGAGGAACAAGCUGCACCCAUUAGAGAGGAUAAAGACGACUCUGUAUUCAUGGCGAAUAUAUGGAAUGACACUAUACUGGGUAAAACUUAUAUAGAGAGAAAAACACAGAAAGGUAGAAAAUGCACCCUCUUCAAUAGAAUUGCUGGGAUAAAGCCAACAGUUGUAUUUAGGUCAUUAAAGAUUGAAGCCCUGAAGGAGACGGCAGAUAUGAAUGAGCUCGACAUUCUUGUGCACCCUGACAAAUACUUUGGGGGAAAGUCAGCGGAGAAGUGUUCUGAAGAUUUAAAGCCGCCUACCCUUUCAGCCAGCUUGAAAGCUGCAUUUGAUGAAAAUAACUUAUUCCCCAAAGAAAUUCUGGACCGUGAAAAGAAAUCUAGGCAGCUGCUAGAGGAAAUGUGCCACAAAGGCAGGGUAACAAACGAGAGAACGCACAGGAGGUUGAAAGGAAAAUGA